AUGGAUAAAUCUGAUUCAUGUAAAAAAGGAUACUUUUUAAGAAAUAAUAAUUGUUUCUCCUGUGACCAAGAAUGCCAAACUUGUCAACAUGAAUCACUUUGUCAAAUAUAUUCUUCUGAUUAUGUUUCAAUAGGAGAUUUUUCUUGUACAAAAUGCUUAGGACGUACAGAUUGCACCAUAUUAUUGGAAAUAGUUUUAUGCAAUAAAUUUGCAACUGGAACAUAUCUAUCAUCAAAUGGGUCUAGUAUUCCUUGUGUAUAGAAUUGUACAAGUUGUGAUUCAAAUGGUAUUUGUCAAUGCUGUGAUGAUCCUACUAAGUACUUUUAAACAUUUGAUGGUUAUAAUUGCUAACCUUGCAGUAUCUUAAAAUGUAUUUAUUGCUAUUAAUAUUUCGUUAAAAAUGGAAUUACUUAUCAAGUAAAAUUAGAGGUGAAUACUUUUGAACUUAAAAUAAAGGCAUUUUAUGUUAUAAAAUUAGUGAAAUAGACAGAGCGUUAAAUGACUUAUAUCAAAAAAUUCAAUUUAAUCCUUAUGAUGCAAAGGCCUAUUUUAAUAUAGGUAAAUAAUUUCUAAGAAAAUUUUAGGUAAAAUUUUACCUUAACAUGAAGCAUUUUAAUUAUCAAAAAUGA